CCCAAAGCUGUCAUUUUUAUAACAGAUCUCCUUCCCAUUCUCGUACUCUGUCAUGUCCUAAAAAAUCUCAAAUCCAAAAACUCCAUUAACAAACCCUCUCUUGUCAUAUUCUUAACAAAAUCAAAGCCUUUUAAGCAGAUUUUUAUUUUUAUUUUUCUGUUUCACCAUGUCUGAUAUUGCCCAAGAAGCUUGGAGAAAAUACCUUAUUCAACUUCAAGUUCACCCUCUUAGAACCAAGGCAAUUACAGCUGGGUGUUUAGCUGGUUGUAGUGAUUUAAUAGCUCAAAAGAUUUCUGGGGUUAAAAGGAUUCAAUUGAGAAGAUUGCUUCUCAUCAUGCUUUAUGGAUUUGCAUAUUCAGGACCAUUUGGACACUUCCUUCAUAAAGUGAUGGAUAUCAUUUUCAGGGGAAAGAAAGGAAGUAAAACUGUUGCAAAGAAGGUGUUGUUGGAACAGAUGACCUCUUCACCUUGGAACAAUUUUUUCUUCAUGAUGUAUUAUGGAUUAGUGGUUGAAGGAAGACCAUGGGGUUUAGUAAGGAGUAAAGUUAGAAAGGAUUAUCCUAGUGUUCAAUUGACUGCGUGGAGGUUUUGGCCUAUAGUUGGGUGGAUAAACUACCAGUACAUGCCUCUGCAGUUCCGGGUUUUGUUUCACAGUUUCGUCGCUUCGUGCUGGGCCAUCUUCCUCAACCUAAAAGCAAGAUCAUCAGUUGCAAUCAAGGCGGCGUAGACUUUCUCUUAUAGCUUGUUUGUAUGGCUUAUGAUUUAGCUUUGCAAGGGUGUUAAGAUUUUCAUUGUUGUUGGAUUCUAAAAUAGGCUUUUGAUUAUGUGGUUGUUUUAGACUAUUUGAUUUUCAUUUUUCUUUUAUAUAUAAAAAGAAGGUACUAGUUCGGAGAUGUGAAAAA